CAGCAUUUUAAAGAGAGUUCUCUUUUUCUCUCUUUAUCAAAAGGGUAGACGCGAGAGAGCCGAUUGUAAAAACGUUUAUGUAGCACCCGCUCACAGCAGUCGGUGUGUGUUGAAGGACAAAACAAGCGCUUCCGAAGCAGCGCGGGAAAUACUGGUGGGUUGUGUUUUUCCUGAGGAGAGCCGCGGGAAAUAGUGCGGUUUUUACUGACUCGCGUUGAGUGUUUUUAGAUAUUUGUUGAGUUUUUCGAGCGAAGGCGGUGGGCGAAAACUGACUCGUCUCUGAGGUGUUUGUAGGCGGGUGGAAGCAGCGCAGAGGACCGUUAAUUCAGUUGGUCCUUGGUGAGCAGCAGGACAGCACGAAGACAGGAAACGAGCUAACACAUGGAUACGUUUCAGAAGGUGGAGAAGAUUGGCGAAGGGACCUAUGGAGUGGUGUACAAAGCCAGGAACAAAAUUACAGGAGAAACUGUUGCUCUCAAAAAGAUCAGAUUGGACACGGAAACGGAAGGUGUACCGAGCACCGCCAUUCGAGAGAUUUCUCUUCUGAAAGAGCUUUCUCAUCCGAAUAUCGUCAAAUUGCGGGAUGUCAUCCACACUGAGAAUAAGCUCUAUCUAGUGUUUGAGUUCCUACAUCAAGAUUUAAAGAAGUUCAUGGACUCAUCCACAGUCACGGGUAUCCCGCUGCCCCUUGUUAAGAGUUACCUUUUUCAGCUGCUGCAAGGUUUGGCCUUCUGCCAUUCACACAGGGUUCUCCACCGAGACCUGAAGCCCCAGAAUCUGCUCAUCAAUGCUCAGGGGGAGAUCAAAUUGGCUGACUUUGGCCUGGCAAGAGCCUUUGGAGUGCCCGUUCGCACUUACACGCAUGAGGUGGUGACGCUGUGGUACCGUGCACCAGAAAUUCUUUUGGGCUGUAAAUAUUACUCCACAGCUGUGGAUAUCUGGAGUCUUGGGUGCAUCUUUGCAGAAAUGCUGACCAGGAGGGCCUUGUUCCCCGGUGACUCAGAGAUAGAUCAACUGUUCCGGAUCUUUCGCACGUUGGGCACACCUGAUGAGAAUGUCUGGCCUGGAGUCACAUCCAUGCCAGACUACAAGCCUUCCUUUCCCAAGUGGGCCCGUCAGGACUUAGCCAAAGUGGUGCCUCCUCUUGAUGAGGAUGGACGAGAGCUACUUGGGGACAUGCUGAAUUAUGAUCCAAACAAAAGAUUAUCUGCCAAAAAUGCCCUGACACAUCGAUUCUUCCGUGAUGUCACCAUGCCAGUUCCUCAUCUGCGACUGUGAGUCAACAAAUCUUCAGGCCACUUUCAUGUUGACAGUGUCUGAACAAUAUGCAGCCCCACUACAGGUCGUUGAUGGGAUGGGCAGAAAAAAGGCGACAUUAUGACCAUCAUUUAGGGGAUAGUUGAUCAUAUAGCUCUCCGGAUGAUGUACCUCAUCUGUGCUGGGUUCCCCCCCUCCCCUUUUCCGUGCCCAGUGUUAUUGUUUGUCUGCUUACUUUUAAAAUAGUUUUGCCAUUAUUUUAUAUAUUUAUGUACAAGUGUCCUCUUGAUGUUGAUGUUUUUGUUUGGGUUUUUUUUUUUUUUUUUUUUUUUUUUUUUUUUUGACUGGUGUGGACAAAGGUCAGAUGGACACUUAAAUGGUAGUUAUUUUUCAUUAAAUUUUCCAGAUGAAAUGGCAUGCAUGUUGGUUUUAGGAUGUUGUGAUUGGAUAGAUAAUAUCAUAGAUAUUGAUUUCAGCCAUUGCACUUUUGACACUGUAAAACUGCAGCAGCUAAAUGAAAGCUGGAAUGACAGUUCUUUAUAGCUGCUGCUAAAAGAGUUAAAAUUACACUGUUGUUCGUUCAUCUUAAUUAUUUUGUAGAAACAUUCAGUUUUGAAGGAAAUGUUGUUGGCAUUGUUGAGGUUAUUUUGUAGAUUCACUCACAAAAACCAAUUUGUAUAAUUCAAUUUUGUACAAAUAGUUGACUUUUUUAAAUUGUUAUGUUGAUUUUACUUGGAUUUAUUUUGUUGCAACUUUCUUACCCUAAAUUUUAUACCUAAAUUUAAUUAUUUGAUUUCAUAAAUAUUGUUUAUAUAGUUUGCGAGAAUAAACUUGUCUUAAUAAGUGUCUGUUGUACAUGUCUACUACACAUGACCGUCUGGUACUGAUCCAAUAAUGCGUAUUGAAAAUUGACAAAUACAUUAGUGAACUUACUAAAAAUGUAUUAUUAUUCUUGCCAGAAUACCAGAAGUUACAAUUAUCAGAGUAAUUUUAAAGUAUAAUAAAUAUUUCAUCAGUUAAAUGAGGUGUAUUUUACUAGUUCAUGUUACUUUAAGAUGUCAGUCAUACAUGGUGACAUUUACAGCUUUUAAAUAGGAAAAAGAAAAAGAGUGCAGGUGUAGUUUUUCAUUUAUUUUUUAUAAACAAAUUCAAGUAGAAAUAAGAAUAGGUGGUGGAACAGAAAUGUGUAUUUUAACGUUAUGACAUAUGACAAGAUAGCAAACACUCGCAAUAUACAAUAGGCAUGAUUCAGACUUUUUUUUAACUUUUGAUCAGUUAAAAAUUGCAAUUCAGAAUCAUAAAUAUGUUGAACUUGGUUUCAACAGUUGAAUUAAUUAUAUGUGUUACUUGACACUUUGACAAGAUGUCAUAAGAGAAAAGGUAAUGGGAGUCUUUAUAACCCCAAAUCAGAAAAAGUUGGGAUAAUAUUUAAAA